GCCGUUCGUGCUCUGUCCGUUUGUACGAACGAAAGACUUCAAGCGUUGCUCAGUCGCCAUGAGGACCCGUGUGGCAAUUGUUUCGGGCGUCGCUGCUUUCGUGGUGCUGUUGUUUUGUGUUGCGUCAACUGUGGGAGAGGAAGAAGGUGAAUGCAACGAGCGCUGCCAACAAUUCAAAAAGAAAUUCUUAGAAUUCAAGAAGGACGUGGAGGAAUGCCGCAGGCAGACCAACUACAACCGGCAAAAAGGAUCUCCAUGGCCCAAGAAAGAUUGCAACGCGACUGUCGAUGAAGGCCACGUGAAAGCGAUGGUGUGCUGGAAUCGACUUAAAGGAUUGAACAAAAUGGACAAGUGCAUCGCCUAUCGCCAGAUGGUGACGGCGGGCGACAUCGACGAGAACCGCCAUUUCGAGCGCAGCUGCAAUCGCACCUCCACCAUCCGCCAGGCCUUGGAGAAGUGCCUGCGCGAGGCCAACUCAGAGGCAGACACACAACUGAGAAGAAUCGACAGUCGAUGCCUGCUUUUGAAGACUAGCAAGCGCUUAGCGUAUAUGUGUCCAUUGCCAAAUAAA